CAGCGAUUCUUCCACUUCGAGAAACCGCGGGCGGGUGCGACGUUAAGCGCCGACGGCGCAGCGGCCCCCGCCUUGGCUGUUUCGGCGGUUACUGGCUCCUCCGCGAAGGAAUGCGAUAUUUCGGGAAGUCGGGCCGAAGCCCGACGGCGAAGCUACCCUGAGUCAAAACAGGCACACCGCGCUGUCGACAUGCCCGGCCUUCAGCGGGCCGACAACGCAGCAGCGUUGCUGUUCCGCGGAGAAGCGCACUUGUGGCAACACCGCGGAGUCGAGGCGUGCGUAGCGCCCCACGAGAAGCGCUUCGGCGUCCCGAGUCGCCCCUACGAGUUGAGCGACUGAGUGCGACGACGCCUUUGGUCGAGCGGCGCACAAAGCGACGCUCCUCCCGCAGCCUGCGCCGGGAGGGCGACCAACCGCCGCUGCUCGAACGACGAGUGGGGGACGGCUGCCAAGAAAGACGCGACGUCACCACAGCGCGCGCUGAAGAAGAGCGCACGCGUGCGCGACGCGCGCGGGGACGACGUUUAGCGGCGGCGACGUUUAGCGGCGGCGACCUUGUCGGGCUUAACCAACCUGUCCCGUCGGAAAAGAAGAACCCAUUCCUCCUCGGACUCUCUUGGCGGACUUCUUUUUUUUUUCAGUUUAGUUUAUUGUGUGUCUACUUCUUCUUCACUCGGCCGUCGGAAGAAUAGUGGUGGGACGAGUUGCGCAGAAAGGAGCGCCGACGGAAACGUCCCUUUCCCGGUGGAACACUGACCCCUUAGCUAACAGUCGGAAAGGCGCACGCGGCAGCGAGACAACGUCGUUUGCAUCACAGUUUACCGAGAAGUAUUUCUACAGGCUGGCGUUUACACAAAUGACAAGGCGCCACAUGGAGCGCUGAACUCAGCUGGUGCCCGUUCACCAUGGGAACGUCGGUGCCGGCGCCAACGGGGGCCGACAACUCCCCGAGUGAAGGUCACCGCAAAUGCGGAGCCCUGUCGUCGCGCGACGAAGAGGACGCCGCCGCCACCACCGGUCUCGACUUGCGAGGCGGCGAGAACCGUCUCCGGGACGAAAGCGUGCUGUCCAGGCUGAGGCAGUACACGUGGCUCGUGCCGCUCAUACACACACACUUCUGGGUGUCGGCGGCAUUCUCCCUCAUGCAGCCGUACUAUCCUCGCCUCGCGGCGAAAGCUGGUCUCGAAGCAUGGAAGUACGGCUUCGUAUUUUCGACGUUCAAGCUAACAAUGCUUCUUGGAUCCAUAUCCACAGAAAGACUUAUGAUUCUUUCGACUCCACUUAAAUGCUACCUCUGCGGCCAAGUUGGCUUCUUCCUGUACAACGUCAUGUUUGGGUCCCUCUACUGGUCACCGGGGGGCACCGUCUUCCUGGCCCUCUCCUUGGUGGCAGUAAUCUUCGGUGGCUUCGUGCAGACAGUGUACCUAGUCUCAGCGUACUCAGUAGUCACCUCGGAGCUGCACCAGAGCAGCGGUGUCAUCAUCGCCAUCAUGGAAUUCAUGUUCGGAUGCGGGAACAUGGCUGGUUCCGUGCUUGGAGGAACUCUGAUCGACUUGUGGGAAUACCCUCUGCCGUUCUUUGUCCUGGGCACCAUAAUCAUCCUAUCGAUUCCAUGGAUUAUCAAGCACAAGAAGGUCCCAAACAAGCAUCCCGAAGCUUCAGCUCCGCCUGAGGAGGCCCUGAUGCAGGAGCAGGGCUCGCAGAAAAAGCUGUAUAGACUUCUUUGGGACCCACUGUUCAUGGUCAACAUGGUAACCCUUAUGCUCUCUUGGGUCAUCAUGGGUUUCAACGAACCCACUCUGGAACCAUACUUGAGACAGUUCAACCUCAGCAGCACGAGACUUGGAGUACUGUACAUGGUACAGUUUGCAAGUUACACCGUGGGCGCGGCAUUCGCGGGACUGUUUUGUUACGUCAAGAUGGCAGCAUUCUUUGCUUUUGCCGGGCAACUGAUGACGGCGUUUGCCUACCUGAUACUAGGCCCAGCGCCAUUUGUUCAGCAAGACCCGCAGCUCUGGAUGGUUUACGUCUCUCAGACGUUCACGGGUGUUGGAAUGGCUGCUCAAUUCAUUUGCAGCUUCUCAUUAGCGCUCAGCCAUACAGCUAAGCGGGGCUACCCGGACGACAUACGGACUACCGGAUUCGUGUCAACUGUUGUAGUGACAUUCUUAGUUAUUGGGGCCAUUACGACGCCCCCAAUAGCAGGGUACCUCGUAGAGAAAUUCAGCUACAGACCGGGAUCUAUGUUCCUCUUCGGCAUCCUUUUAUUCUGGACACCCAUAACGCUUCUCCACUGGAUUUAUUUGAUGUACGUUCAACGCACGAGGAGUGCCGACGUAGCAUUGCAAGAUCGGUCCAUUUGUUCUCGCAAGUCAUAAGUGUGCCAGGAGUUGUCACUUUGUGUCAGUAAUAAAUAUAUAUCCAUUUUUCUAAA